UUGGCUGUGGGUCAACAGUCCUCCCAGAAACUUCCCCUGUCCGCAGGUGCUGUUGUUUUUUCGUGGUGCGCUGCGUUACAGCUAGCUGCGCAGCUUGCUUGUGACAAGGGGCUCUCACUGCCGCUGCUGCUGUUGAGUGUGCGUGCGUGCGUACGCGUGUCCGUGUCUGCGUCGCUCCCUCAACCCCAGCACACGAAAUCGCACCACACCAGAACGGAGCCAUGAAGUGAUUACUGUACACUGGCCGACGACAGCCUCUGAACGAAGUGCUAUGUCGCGCUUCAAGCACGACGCAGCGAUUGCACGCAAGAUUCAACAAGAAAACAAACAGAUCGGGAUGUGCCGCGGAUCGGCUCAAGAGCUCAAGACCCUCGAGAAGCUGGCUCUGGCGAUCGUUGGGGAGGAAAAGGUGGGGAUAUACUACGGCAACUCUCCGAACUGAUCAAUGAUAGCCGUAGAGUACGCCCACUGGCCGAAGUACAUGCUCAUCGCCUUCACGAGCACAAUCAUAUGCUGUAAAGUGUCGAAGAUGAUGUGCCCAUCGACACGGUGUGCAUGCCCCCUUCGAGGGGGGGGAUGCUUCCCGCGAGACAUGAAUCAGAUGAAAAGCUACUUCCACACCAUCACCAGCGGCCGGGUCGUGGUGAAGAUACCACGGGAAUGUUUAGUAUAGUAUGUACUAUUAGUACUGACCCGAGUAUUGAGUAAGUAUCUGGCUCUUUUCGCCCAGUAGAGUAAUACUCACACUUAAGUACAGCUUUUCAUACUCUACUAAGAAUACUGUGGCGUUUAGUACAGCUCUUCGUACUAAACCUUUUGUAAGUACGGCUCUUCAAUACUCUACUAAACAUUUUUUGAGUAUAGUACGGCUUUUCAUACUCUACUCAUACUCACAUUUUAGUAUGGCUCUUCAUACUCUACUCAACAUACUCAUGCGGUAUAGUACAGCUUUUCAUACUCUACUAAACAUACUCUUUGAGUUCAGUACCUGACCUCUGCACUCUACUCAGGUGAGUAGAGUAUUCACCUCUCUCAAACUCUACUCUACUCAGCCGUUAGUACAGGUUCUCCAUACUCUACUAAACAUACUAUACUAUACUAAAC